AUGGCCUCCCAAGCAAACAUUGUCUCUCUUCCCAGCCUUUCCUCUUCGCUGCACUCCCUCCCUCAGGCCACCAGUCUCUCCAGCCUCCCAAUCCACCCAAGCAUGUACGCACAACGGGCAGCAGAGAGCGAGGCCAAGUUGCAGCGCGCUUUGUCCAAGCAGGCAUCGAUGCCCCAGCAGGCGCAACAGCCUCCAAUGAUCCCUGGCUAUAACGUCUCGGGCCAGCAGCAACAGGCAUACGACCCAUCCUCCCCAUUGAUGAUGCGCAAAAAAAAAUUCUCCACUUAA